AUGUCCACCCGCUCUCUCCGUUCGAAACGUCGCGCCGAGCCCGAGGAAGAAGUUGGAGAUGUCGUCGACGCGCCGGUCGUGAAGAGACGCGCCAUUGCCUCUACAAAGGUUACAAAGGAGACGCGUCUACCAUCUCCCGAGCCUGAAGAACAACUGAAGGGGAAAGAGAAGGCACGCGACGAUCUUCAGUUGUUGAUCGACCACUUCUCCGCCCUCACCUCGACCCUCCUCCUCCACACCGCCCUCACAUCCUCAACACCCCCCUCUUUCGCCGUACUCAAACGGCAAAUUGAAGCAACAACGGGCCGCACAUUCAGCCUCCUUCAUCUACAGCAAAUCAAAGGUGUUUGGGAUAAAGCUUUCGUGUGGGAGAUGGGGAAUGCGGGGGUUGUGGUUGAGUUGCCGAAGGGGGUUGGGGUUAUGGAUAUUGACGGCCGUGUGAGGGAAUUUGAGAAGAGAGUGGAUGAAUUGCUUGAGGGAGAGGUGCCGGUGAAGGAGAUGCCUGUCAAGGAACCGAGAACGCCAAGGAAGGGGAAGGCGCUUGCGACGGGAUUGCUCACGCCGAGGAAGACGCCGUCGAAACCGACGAUGUCGCCUCUCAAGUCACUAUCAACUUUUAAUGAGGUCGAAGAUGAAACCGCCUCUCCCCCCACCUCGCCCACCAAACCCCGACGAACACUCCCCGCAACACCCUCCUCCCGCGCUGAUCGCCACGCCUCCCUCCUCUCAAAACUCCGCGCCAAAUCCACUCUUGCUGCCUCCCAACCUGCACCUACUGCACUCUCCCCUCUCCAACGCCUCGCCCCUCUCCUCCCCGACAUCGUCGCAAUCAUCCACCUUCUCCUCCCUUUGACGAAAACGACGAAAUCGUUCAGUAUGGAUACGAUUUGUGUGAUGGUUGUGGAAAGUCUGGGAGCUAGAGGGAAGGUCAUGGCGGUGGAGGAGGUUGCGGAGGGGAUUGAGGUGCUUGGUACCUUGAAUUGGGGUGAGAAGAGCGGGGAGAGGUGGUGUUCAGUGAUGACGGUUGGGACGCAGGGGAAGAAGGCGGUCAGGUUUGAGGGUGGGUGGGAGAUGAAGAAAGUGUUGGAGGUGAUUGACAGGGAAAGGAACACGGGAUCAACUGCUUGA